GAUUGUUUUCUUGUGGUCACAUAAUUUCAUUCUGUGUUUUUCGUGGGAUCUUUCUGUAUAGAAUAACAUUUCUACAACAUUAUUGUAUCACUUCGUUAUCAAUUACCCCUUCACAUCCAUAUCCACAUCCAAAAUCAUGGGUUCCAUGACACCCGAACAAAAAUCCGGGGAAUACCCUCAAUUAAAAGAAAACACCAUCAGAGUAUACAAAAAACGAGCACAUUAUGAUUAUCGCACGGUUCAUUCCAUUCUCUCUCAAACAUUCGUCUCUACGAUUUCAUUCAUAGUACCAGAUGAAGAUGGAGAACCCUCACCAUUUUCCUUACCAAUGACCGCUGUAGCUGGAAACUAUGAUCCUCACAAACCCAUCUGUGAAGAUGAUGGAACCGAGGAACAGUAUGUACGGGAACAGGAAAGUUUCGGAGAAGGACCAUUCGAUGUAUAUCUCCACGGAAAUUCCGCCAUGAUGUUAAACCGGAUGACGAAACAGGGAGGAAACAUGAAAGUUGUAAUCAGUAGCACCAAAGUCGACGGUCUAAUCCUCCACUUCACCCCCAAUGGCCACUCCCUCAACUACCGCUCCUGCAUCAUCCACGGCACCGCCGAACCCGUGACUUCCGCAUCUGAAAAACACUACGCCAUGCAUCUCCUCACAAACCACAUGAUCCGUCGUCGCUGGUCACAGACUAAUCCCGUGGCGCCCGAAGCCAUGAAAUCGGUGCAGGUGAUCAAAGUCGUUGUGCGCAGUGCAUCGGCGAAAAUCCGGACUGGGAAUGUAGAGAGUUUGGAGCGGGGAGGAUUGGGCGAGCGGGAUGAUGUGUGGACGGGAGCGUUGCCGUUGUAUGAGGUGCUGGGGGAACCGGUGCAGAGUGCGUAUUGUGAUGAUAGGAAGGUGCAGGAGGGAGUGGUGGAUUGGAUGGAGAGGAGGAAUAGAGAGGAGAGGAGGUAUGCGGAGGAAAAGGCGAUACCGUUGACGUUAGGUGGUUGUAGUAAGUGAUGAGUGUGUAAUAUGUGAUAUUUAAUAAUAGAUACCCCAAAUGAGAAUAUAAUAUAGGAUGUGGGAAGGGCGGAGAUUCUGGAGUUUAUUUGUAGCAAAUCCCAAGUCAUUCCAUGAAUCCCUAUUAGACUUCAGAAUCCAAU